AUGGCGGGCCUCCCCCGGAAGCUGGAGCCCCUGGCGCCGGAAGAUCAGGACCGUCCAGCUGGCGACGACUUCUUCAGCCAACUGGAGGGGGCGGUCAGCAGCCGCAAACUGGUCGCUCCCCCGCUGCUCAAGUCUGCGAUGCCACCCCUCAUCAGCAGGGACGCGCUUUUCACGCAAGCGAUUCCCUCGGGGGUCAGCUCGGGCAUGUUUUACCGCUCCCCGACCAACCGCAUCGGGUCGUUCUACACCCCCAGCGCGGUGGCAUUGGACGCGGUCGAGCUGUCCCGAAAGGGGGGGGUCUCUGAGCCCGAAUCUCCCAGGUCUCCGACGGGGAGGACUUUAGCGACCGCGAGGACCUUCCGCGACUCCCCCCCCGUGAGCGUGACCCCCCCGCUGCUGCGGCCGCUCCAGCUGGAGAGGCCCCUGAGCAGCCAAAAUAUGCGGGGAUCCCCCAAAGGGUCAAUCCCCGCGUCCCCGAACGGACGCACCGGGAGCUUGAGUCUGCUGCAGUUCACGGAAGCGAGGACGCGAAACGGGUCACUCGAAAGGGCCAUGACGCCUGGAGGGGGGAGCCCGAAAACUCUGGGGGGGAGCCCGAGGCUGGGGAGCGGGACGUGGGCGUUUGGGGGGGGAAGGGAGCUUUUGGAGCCGCUCGAGAAAGGCACGAUCGGGGAUGAGGAGGAGGACGACGAGGCGGCAGAUGAAGCGAGGGAGAUGCUUUUCCCAAAGAUCGUAAGAGUCAACACUCCGCGCGAAGCGCGGCGUCGUUCUCCCCAGGAAGAGAAGGCCAAGCGGCCAAUGACAGCUGGCACGAGCAAACGAGUAGCGGAUGAAAUCAUCCGUUACCAGUGGUAUAUCCAGGAGGGUUUGGACGACGACGCGGUGGUUAGUUAUAACGAUCGGUGGUUGGAGAACGCAAACCGAGCUCUGGGCGGGGCGCAUGUCUCCCGAGGGCUCAAAGAGGAACAAGUGCUUGACACCAUCCGGCGGGUCGAGAGGGAGGUUCGGGCUGACUAUACGCUCAGUGUCAAGAAGGCCAUUUUGGACUACAGCCUGGAGGAUGCGGCCGAGCGGCGACGGCUAAACCUGGUUUCGCUAACCGGCAUUGUUAAGGUGCUAGAGUCGGCCUCGGGGGUAAGCCGGAAGCGGCGGGUGGUGCAGAUUCUGCCCGAGGAGUGGCGGGAGGCGGUCUCCGGCGCAAAGAGGCACCUCGUACCGAUUCUCCAUUCGUGCAGCCAGCUGGUUUUGGACCUGAACGCGCUCUGGCAGCGGGAGUUUGAAAACCGGCUCCUGCUCGACUUUGCGAGCGACGGCUUUUUUACCAACAAGCCGUUCACGCUGACGUCAUUCCUGGGCUGGCAGCGCGACCACGUGGACCGGGUUAGGGAAACCCUGUGCCAAACUUGGAUUCCGGCCGCGAGCAAACUGCUGUUUUCCCAUUCUUCGGGAGGGACGCACCGCGCAAAACUGUACGGCUCUGUCGCGGUGCUGAUGUCGAACCACCUGAGGGGCCUCGUAGAGGCGACGGUCGCAGGUUUCCAGGGGUUCUUGCUGCAGUACGGGCGCCUGGCGAGGCCUCUGACGUCAUCGGCCGAUGGGAACGUGGAGGGGCUGACGUCACAGCUGCGGGCGGUGCUGACGAUGGACCUGGUGGUGGAGCGGGGGAGCUACAAGCUGGUGCCCAGCUUCGAGCAAGUGCAGGAGGGCCUCGUAAGUCAGGAGGCUGUGAUUAUCGCUUGCUGUUUUGGGCGUUCGUGCAAGCAAACAUGGCCUCUGAUGAGAGAGCCCAGAAUAGUGGAGGGCCCCCUGUCCGUCCUCGACCUCGCGAUCACCAAGGCCGGUACGAUCCCCCGGGCGGACGUGGAGCUCCGCCAGGGGCAGCACGGUACCCCCCUGCCCCCCGACCCGGCCCCGGUUUGCCUGGCGUCGGUACGUACCGACGACGGCCCGGUUCAACUCGCGCGCGUGGCGGUUCAGGGCGUCGUCGCGGCGAACCGCGGCGCGCCCGCGCAGCUGAUGGACGCGUUUGAGAGGUUCAAGGAUUUGGCGGUCAUGGACGCGGAAGGCUUUGCCAAGGACUUCGUCAAGGGGGGGCAGCGCCUGCUCAAGGAGUACUCCGCGGUCAUCGACGACUUUCGCAAGCGCGCGGCCGAGGCGCUCGCGCUGUGCGCGAACGAGGUGGAGUGCGGCCUCGUCGUCGUGCGCUGCGAGGAGCUCAAGGCCGCGCUCGCCGCCAAGGCGGAGGCCGUUGCGGGCCUGCUGCUCGAGCAGGUGCUGGUGGCGAUGCGCGAGCAGCACGAGGAUGUGGUGGAGCGGUACGACCGCAUCGCGGCGGAAGUGUCUAAGCUGCCCAACAACUCCGAGGACGUCGUUCGCCUGCGAAAGUACGUCGGCUCCUGCCCGGGUGAGAUGGCCGCGCUCGAGAAGGCGCUCGCGGACAGCGCCGCGCGCGCGCAGUUCUUGGACUCCUACGAGUAUGACGUCCCCGAGGAGGACUUCCGCCUCAUGAUGGGCGCGCGCGAGUGGCCGAAAAAGCUGGUGGCCGUACUGGAGAUCCACGUGGCAAAGAUCGAGGAGGAGCACGAGCACUUUGAGAACGCGCUCAAGGCGCGGCGCGCGGACUUCUUGGAGCUGCUGGCAAAGCUCAACGACCGCGUGCGCGCGUUCGACAAGUACGGCGAGGUCGAGCGCACGGAUCAGUAUGCGGAGGCCGCGCGCGCGCUCGACGACGAGCUCGCGCGCGCGCGCGACACCGCGGAGGCGAUCAACGCGGAGGAAACGCUGUUCAGCCUGCCAGUCACCAAGUUUGCGCAAAUCGCCCACAUGAAAGACGGACUGGAUCCGUAUCUGAAAUUGUGGGGCACAGCCGCCGGCUUCAAGACUAGUGAACAAGAGUGGAUGAACUCGCCGUUCAUGACGCUGGACCCGGAGAAGAUCGACAAUGACGUGCAAACCAUGUGGCGCACAGUAUAUAAGCUGGUGAAGCAGCUGGGCGACGCGCCCGACCUGGCGGAGCCCGCGCGGGUCGCCGGCGCGGUGAAGGCGCAGCUGGACAAGUUCAAGCUGCUGCUGCCGCUCUUCCAGUGCCUCUGCAACCGCGGGCUGCGGCCGCGCCACUGGGCGCAGAUCUCGGAGGCCGUCGGAUUCGAGAUCAAGGGCGAGGAUGGCACCACGUUCAGGCAGCUGCUCAGGCUCAAGGUGGACGACCACAUGGCGAAGUUGGAGGAGACGAGCGAGGCGGCCAGCAAGGAGUUCUCACUGGAGAAGAGCCUCGACAAGAUGCUCUCCGAGUGGGAGCCCCUCAAGCUGGAGGUGGCACCGUACCGCGAGACCGGUACGUACAUCCUGAAGGGCGGUCCGAUCGACGAGGCGCAGGUGUUGCUGGACGACCACGUGGUCAAGGUCCAGACCAUGUCCGCAUCGCCGUACGCAAAGCCGUUCGCGGACAGGAUGACCAAGUGGGAGAGGAAGGUGCUGGGCAUGCAGGAGAUUUUGGACGCGUGGCUCAAGGUGCAGGCCACGUGGCUGUACCUGGAGCCCAUUUUCGGCAGCGAGGACAUUCUGCAGCAGAUGCCCGAGGAGGGCCACCGCUUCCGCGACGUCGACCGCGUCUGGCGGCGCAUCAUGGAGGAAGCCUCGCGCAGCAACUCAUUCCUCGAGGCAACGGACGUGCCCAACAUGGCGGCGGACCUGACCAAGGCCAACGAGUCGCUGGACAUCAUCCAGAAGGGGCUCAACUACUACCUGGAAACCAAGCGGCUGGCCUUCCCGCGCUUCUUCUUCCUCUCCAACGACGAGCUGCUGGAGAUUCUGAGCGAGACCAAAGACCCGCUGCGCGUGCAGCCGUUCCUCAAAAAGUGCUUCGAGGGCAUCCACAGCCUCGAGUUCAAGGACAACAUGGACAUCGCGGCGAUGUUCAGCGUGGAGAAGGAGCGCGUCGCGUUCACGCGCACGACCAACCCGAAGGCCGCGGGCGGCAACGUCGAGAAGUGGCUCAUCGAGGUGGAGAAGAUGAUGAAGGAGAGCCUGAAGGAGAGCGUGCGCAACGCGGUAGCGGCCUAUGCGGUGGUGCCACGUGGCCAGUGGAUCCUGCAGUGGCCGGGCAUGGUGGUCCUGUGCGGCAGCCAGAUCCACUGGACGCGCGAGGUGUCCGAAGCGAUUCGGACGGGCGGCGCGCAGGGGCUCAAGCAGUACGAGGAGAAGUGCACCGCGCAGCUGAACGAGGUCGUCAAUCUGGUGCGCGGCGAGCUGGGCGCGAUGGAGCGCAGCACGAUCGGCGCGCUGGUGGUGAUCGACGUGCACGCGCGCGACGUGGUGGCCGCCAUGGCCGACGCGCGCGUGGGCAGCGAGAACGACUUCGAGUGGCUCUCCCAGCUGCGCUACGAGAUGGAGGAGGGCGCGGUCGUGGUUAAGAUGAUCAACGCCGCCAAGAACUACGGUUACGAGUACCUGGGUAACAGCAGCCGGCUGGUCAUCACCCCCCUUACCGACCGUUGCUACCGUACGCUCAUGGGCGCUCUUCAUCUCAACCUGGGCGGAGCGCCGGAAGGCCCGGCCGGAACCGGAAAGACGGAAACCACCAAGGACCUUGCGAAGGCGCUGGCGAUGCAGUGCGUGGUGUUCAAUUGCAGCGACGGGCUGGACUAUCUGGCCAUGGGCAAGUUCUUCAAGGGGCUCGCCAGCAGCGGCGCCUGGGCCUGCUUCGACGAGUUCAACAGAAUCGACCUCGAGGUGCUGUCCGUGGUCGCCCAGCAGAUCCUGACGAUCCAGCGUGCCAUCAUGGCCGGGGUGACCAGCUUCAUGUUUGAGGGCACGGAGCUUCCGCUCAUUCCGACGUGUUCCGUUUUCAUCACCAUGAACCCCGGGUACGCUGGACGGAGCGAGCUGCCCGACAAUCUCAAGGCGCUCUUCCGUCCGGUGGCCAUGAUGGUGCCCAACUACGGAAUGAUCGGCGAGAUCAUUCUGUACUCGUACGGCUACCUGCGCGCGCGCGACAUGGCGCGCAAACUGGUCGCGACCUACCGGCUGUGCAGCGAGCAGCUCUCGUCGCAGGAUCACUACGACUACGGCAUGCGCGCGGUGAUCGCGGUGCUGCGCGCGGCCGGCAACCUGAAGCGGCGCUACCGCGACGAGGAUGAGGCGGUCCUGGUGCUGCGCGCGAUCCGCGAUGUGAAUCUGCCCAAGUUCUUGAGCCACGACAUUCCGCUCUUCGAGGGCAUCAUGGCGGAUCUCUUCCCCGGAGUCACCCUUCCCAAGCCCGACUACGAGGCGAUCACCGAGGCGAUCCGCGAGAACGCGGAGCGCCUGGACCUGAUUCCGGUGGAGGCCUUGUUCCGCAAGACGCUGGAGCUGUACGAGAUGAUCGUGGUUCGUCACGGGCUGAUGAUCGUGGGCCACUCGUUUGGCGCCAAGACCAGCAUGUACCGCAUUUUGGCCGGGGCGCUUACCGACCUGCACGCCAAGGGGCUCAUGAACGAGCAGAAGACCAGGUACGAGGUGGUUAACCCGAAGUCAAUAACGAUGGGUCAGCUGUACGGUCAGUUCGACCCGGUGAGCCACGAGUGGACGGACGGCGUGCUGGCCAAGGUGUUCCGCCAGAUGUCCGUCGACACCACGCCGGACCGGAAGUGGCUCGUCUUCGACGGACCCGUUGACGCCAUCUGGAUCGAAAACAUGAACACGGUGUUGGACGACAACAAGAAGCUGUGUUUGAUGAGCGGCGAGAUCAUCCAGAUGUCCCCCACGAUGAACCUCAUCUUCGAGGUCCAGGACCUCGCGGCCGCGUCGCCCGCGACCGUCAGCCGCUGCGGCAUGGUCUACGUCGAGCCCGCGCAGAUCGGGUGGCGCCCCAUGGUCACCGCAUGGAUCAAAACGCUGCCGCCCACGCUCACAGAGGCAAACAGGGAGCAGAUCGAGCGGCUGUUUGAGUGGCUGGUCCCGCCGUGUUUGCGGUGCGUGGCCAAGGCGUGCAAGCUGAUGGUGCCCAUGCAGGAGGCCAACCUCGUGCAGGCGCUCGCGCGCAUCCUCCGCGCGCUCAUGGACCCGCAGCUCGCGGACCCCGCGCAGGUGGCCAAGAUGGACGGCACGCUGGUGUGCGUGUGGCUGGACUGCCUGUUCCUCUUCAGCCUGGUGUGGUCCGUCGGGGGCUGCACCGAUGAAGCGGGGCGGCUCAAGUUCGACGCGCUGCUUCGAAAGCUCCUGGUCAACCAACCCCCGGAAGAGUACAAGCCCUUCAUCACCGGGACCGCCCGGAAAGUCGCGCUGCCGUUCCCCGAGGGAAAGACAGUCUACGACUUCACCUUCAACAAGGAGCGCGGCAAGUGGGCUCCUUGGACCGAUCUCAUCGACGACUCCCCGCCUUCUCCGGAAGCGGAAUUCGUACGGAUCAUCGUGCCGACGGCCGAUACCGUACGGUACACGUUUCUGAUGGAGGCGCUUCUGACGCACGGGCAGCCGAUGCUGCUGGUGGGGCCGACCGGGACGGGCAAGAGCGUGUACAUCAAGCAAUUCUUGACCAAGGGGCUGGAUGCCAACAAGUAUCAGUCCAUGUUCUUCAACUUCUCCGCGCAAACCUCCGCCAACCAGACCCAGGACAUCAUCGACGGCAAGCUCGACAAGCGGCGCAAGGGCGUCUUCGGGCCGCCCCCGGGCAAAAAGUUCGUCAUCCUAGUUGACGACCUCAACAUGCCGGCGCUCGAGAAAUACGGGGCGCAGCCGCCCAUCGAGUUGUUACGUCAGUGGAUGGACCACGGGGGGUGGUAUGACCGGAAAGAGCUGACGUUCCGCAACCUGAUAGACGUGCAGUUCGUGUCGGCGAUGGGGCCCCCCGGGGGGGGGCGGAAUGACGUCACCAACCGGUAUCUGCGCCACUACAACGUGGUGUCCGUGACGUCGUUCGGCGACGAGACGAUGAGUCGCAUCUUCACGGUCCUGGUCGACUGGUGGAUGCGAAAGGCGCACUACCCGCCCGCCGUUACCAAGCUGCGCUCGUCCAUGGUCUCCGCCACGCUCGACAUCUAUCAGACGGUCCAGCGCGAGCUGCUGCCGACGCCCACCAAGAGCCACUACACGUACAACCUACGCGACAUGGGCAAGGUCUUCCUGGGCCUCCACUUUGCGCCCCCCGGCGUCGAGGAGCCGGACCGUCUCAUUCGGUUAUGGGCCAACGAGUGCCUCCGGGUCUUCCACGACCGGUUGGUGUCGGACGAAGACCGCUCCUGGUUCUUCAACCUCAUGGCGGAGACUACCGAGAAGCACUUCCGGGAAAAGUUUUCCCGCGUGUUUGCUGGACUGGGCGCCCCGCCCCCUGCUCCCGACGGCAAACCGGCGCCCCGAGGGGAGACCAAGCCUGAGGCGCUUAAGUACCUCAUGGCCGGGGAUUUUAUGCAGCAGGGCGGGGACGGAGGGCAGUACGACGAGAUCACGGACGAAGCCGCGCUGGUCAAGGUGAUGCAAGCGUACUUGGAGGACUUCAACGCGACGAGCAGCAAGCCGAUGAACCUGGUGCUCUUCCUCUUCGCCAUCCAACACGUCAGCCGCAUAUGCCGCGUCAUCAAGCAGCCAGGUGGCAACGCGCUAUUGGUCGGGGUGGGCGGCAGCGGGCGCCAGAGCCUCGCGCGCCUCGCGGCGUUCAUCGAAGGGUUUGAGGUGUUCCAGGUGGAGAUCAGCAAGAAUUACGGCAUGGCAGAGUGGCGCGACAACCUCCGUAGCGUGCUGCGCAAGGCUGGCGAGCAGGACAAGCGGGUGAUGUUCCUCUUCACGGACACGCAGAUCAAAAAGGAGGGCUUCGUCGAGGACAUAAACAGCCUGCUCAACACCGGCGAGGUGCCCAACCUGUUCGACUCGGGCGACACAUCCAUGAUCGCCGAGGGCGUGCGCGCGCGCGCCAAGCGCGCGGGGCGCGAGGGCACGCGCGCGGAGCUGUUCCAGUUCUUCGUGGAGGAGUGCCGGCGGAACCUGCGCAUCGCGCUGUGCUUCAGCCCCAUCGGGGAGGCGUUCCGGGACCGGCUGAGAAAGUUCCCGUCCCUAGUUAACUGCUGCACGAUCGACUGGUUCAGCGGGUGGCCCAUGGAGGCGCUGCGCUCCGUCGCGGGUCGCUUCUUGGAGGACAUCAACGUGGAUCGCUCGCUGAUCCCCGACCUGGUCGACAUGAGCGUGCACUUCCACCUGAGCGUCCAGGACCUCGCGCAGCGCUACCUGGCGGAGCUGAAGCGUCACUAUUACGUCACGCCCACCAGCUACCUGGAGCUCAUCUCCACGUUCAAGGCGCUGCUGGCGAAGAAGCAGCAGGAGGUCAGCGGGCUCAAACGGAGGUACGAGAUGGGCCUGGAAAAGCUGGUUUCAAGCGAGAGCGCGGUGGGCGUGAUGCAAGUCGAAUUGAAAGAAUUGCAGCCGAAGCUGAUCGAGAGCGGCAAGGGUGUCGCCGCGCUUAUGGAGGUCAUCGACAAGGAGACCGUCGAGGCGAACAAGGUGCGUGCGGUGGUGAAGGGCGAGGAAGAGAUUGCGAGCAAGAAGGCAGCAGACGCGAAGGCCAUCAAGGACGACACGGAAGCGGAUCUCGCAGAGGCCAUGCCGCAGCUUGAGGCCGCGCUGCGGGCGCUGGACACUCUAAGCAAGAACGACAUCACGGAACUCAAGGGCAUGAAGAGCCCGCCGGCCGGGGUGAAGCUCGUGAUGGAGGCGGUGUGCAUCAUGAAGAACGUGAAGCCUACCCGGUUGAAGGACCCGGGCAGUGGGAAAAUGGUGGACGAUUACUGGGAGUCGAGCAAGAAGGUGCUGGCCGACGCAGGGUUCCUGCAGAGCCUGAAGGAGUUCGACAAGGACAACAUCCCGUCCAAGACGAUCUCCAUGAUCCUCCCGUACAUCGAGAACCCGGACAUGGCCCCGGACAAGAUCCGGUCCGUAUCGACCGCCGCGUACGGACUGUCCUGCUGGGUCCGCGCGAUGGAGGCGUAUGACCGCGUCGCGAAAGUGGUCGCGCCCAAGAAAGCCGCGCUCGUGGUCGCGGAGGCGGAGUACAAUGACGUCAUGGCCAAGCUGCGGGUGAAGCAGGCGGAACUGCAGAAGGUGGAAGACAAGCUGGCCGCGCUGGACGCAAACCUGCGCGAGCAGAACGCCAAGAAGCGGAAGCUCGAGUCCGACGUGGACCUGUGCGCGCGCAAGAUUGAGCGCGCGACGCAGCUGGUCUCUGGUUUGGGCGGGGAAAAGGCCCGGUGGACGAAAAGCGCGGAAUCGUACGGCAAAUUGUACACCAAACUGACCGGGGACGUGCUCUUGAGCUCCGGUGUGAUCGCGUACCUGGGCGCGUUCACACCGCUCUUCCGGGAGGAGUGCGCGCGCGACUGGGCGCGCCGGUGCCGCGAGAAGGGCCUCCCGUGUAGCGACGAGUUCACGCUGGCGGCCGUGCUGGCGGACCCGGUCAAGGUGCGCGCGUGGAACUUGGCGGGCCUGCCCAAGGACCAGUGCAGCACGGACAACGCACUCAUAGUUUCCAACAGCCGCCGCUGGCCGCUCAUGAUCGACCCACAGGGUCAGGCUAACAAGUGGGUGAAGAACAUGGAGAAAGAAAACGGGUUAGCGGUGGUUAAGCUGAGCGACGCCGACUUUUUGCGACGGUUAGAGAACGCAAUCCAGUUCGGGAAGCCGGUGCUGCUGGAGAACGUCGGCGAGGAGCUGGACCCCGCGCUCGAGCCGCUGCUGCUGCAGCAGACGUUCAAGCAGGGCGGCAUGCUGUGCAUCCGGCUGGGCGACAACACGAUCGAGUACUCGCCGCAGUUCCGCUUCUACAUGACCUCCAAGCUGCGGAACCCGCACUACACGCCGGAACUGUCCACCAAGGUGACGCUGCUCAACUUCAUGAUCACGCCCGAGGGUUUGCUGGACCAGCUGCUUGGUAUCGCGGUCGCGCGCGAGCGGCCGGAACUAGAGGAGGAGAAAAACGCGCUGCUGCUGCAGGGCGCGGAGAACAAGCGGCAGCUGGCGGAGAUCGAGGACAAGAUCCUGCAGGUGCUCUCGCGGGACGGCAACAUCCUGGAGGACGAGAGCGGAAUCCAGGUUCUGUCCGCGUCCAAAACCCUGUCCGACGAGAUCACGGCGAAGCAGGCGGUGGCGGAGCAGACCGAGGCGCGCAUCGACGAAGCGCGCGCGGGUUACACGCCGGUCGCCGCGCUCGCGAGCAUUUUGUUCUUCUGCGUCGCGGACCUGGCCAACAUCGAGCCGAUGUACCAGUACAGCCUGGCCUGGUUCAUCGACCUUUUCACGCGCGCGAUCGCGCACAGCGAGAAGAGCGCGGUCCUGAGCAAGCGGCUCAAGGCGCUGAACGACUACUUUACUUACUCCGUCUACUGUAACGUUUGUCGCGGGCUUUUUGAGAAAGAUAAGACCCUGUUCUCCUUUCUCAUGGCGGUGAAAAUACUCGCCGGCGAAGGGAAGAUGGACGCAGACGAGUUGCGGUUUUUGUUAACCGGGGGUUUGGCGGUCGACGCGGCGCCGCCGCGGCCGGCGGGCAACGCGGCCGCGUGGCUGCAGGAGAAGGCCUGGGGCGAGAUUUGCCGGUUGGCGAAGUUGGAGGCGUUCGGGGGUUUCGAAAAGGCUGUGGCAGCGGCCCCCGAGAAGUGGCGGGCGGUCUACGACAGCGCGGAGCCGCACCUGGAGGCGCUGCCGGCGCCAUAUGGCCAAAACUUCAAUUCGUUCCAGAAAAUGCUGGUCCUGCGCUGCCUGCGCGCGGACAAGGUCGUCCCCGCCAUCGUCCGCUACGUGUCCGAAACCCUGGGCGCGCGCUUCGUCGAGCCGCCGCCACUAAACCUCGAGACCUGCUUCGGCGACUCCGCGGCCGCGACGCCGCUCAUCUUCGUCCUUUCCCCCGGGUCCGACCCCAUGUCGUCACUUCUCAAGUUUGCCGGCGACAAGAACGUGCGCAUCGAGACUGUUUCGCUGGGCCAGGGCCAGGGCCCGGUCGCCGCAAAGCUGCUCGCGGAGGCCGCGCGCGCUGGCUUCUGGGUCGCGCUCCAGAACUGCCACCUGGCGGUCUCCUGGAUGCCCACGUUGGAGCGGCUGUGCGAGACGGAGUUGACCGUGGAAAAAGCGCACCCGGAAUUCCGGUUAUGGUUGACGAGUUACCCCAGCGACGCGUUCCCGGUCAGCGUGCUGCAAAACGGGUUGAAGAUGACUAACGAGCCGCCGAAGGGGUUGAAGGCUAACCUAACCGGGUCGUAUUUGAGUCACCCGAUCUCGGACCCGAGCUUCUUCGGGGGUUGCGCCAAGGGGCCCGAGUGGCGGAAGAUGCUCUUCGGGCUGUGCUUCUUCCACGCGUUCCUGCAGGAGCGCCGCAAGUUCGGCCCGCUGGGGUGGAACAUCCCGUACGAGUUCAACGACGCGGACCUGCGCAUCAGCGUCCGGCAGCUGCAGAUGUUUUUGGACGAGUACCCGGACGAGGUCCCGUACAAAGCCCUCCGCUACCUCACCGGCGAGUGCAACUACGGCGGCCGCGUCACCGACGACCACGACCGGCGCACGCUCACCACCGUGCUCGCGCACGUCUACUGCGAGGAGCUGCUGACGUCGGACUAUGCGCUGUCCGAGUCCGGUCUGUACCGCGCCCCCCCCGACGGGGUGUAUGACGACUAUUUAGAGUUUAUCAAGAAACUACCGGUUCAACCCCGGCCCGAGGUCUUCGGCUUCCACGACAACGCUGACGUCACCAAGGACAUGAACGAGACGACGCUGCUGGUGGACAGCCUGCUGCUGACGCAGGCGUCGGCGGUUCCCGCGGCCGCGCCCGCGGCGGCCGCGGGCAAGAAGGUCGAGGCGAAGCCGAAGCGGUUGACGCGCGAGGAGACGCUGGGGAAUCUGGCGGCGGAUAUUCUGAGCAAGCUGCCCGGAAACUUCGACAUCGAAGCGGCCCAGUUGAAGUACCCGGUAACUUAUUUGGAGUCGAUGAACACGGUGCUGUGCCAGGAGCUGGGGAGGUACAACCGGCUGCUCUCGGUGGUGCGAUCCAGUCUGCUGGAGCUCCAGAAAGCGCUCAAGGGCCUCAUCGUCCUUUCCGCCGAGCUCGAGGCCCUGGGGAACUCCCUCUUCGACGGCAAGAUCCCGGCCAUGUGGGCGGCCCGGUCGUACCCCAGCCGGAAACCCUUAGCGAGUUACGUGGCAGACUUGCUGGAAAAAGUGGCGUUCUUCCAGUCUUGGGUGGACGUCGGCCCCCCGACCGUCUUCUGGCUCUCGGGCUUCUUCUUCACGCAGUCGUUCCUCACGGGCGCCAAGCAGAACUUCGCGCGCAAGUACAAGGUGCCCAUCGAUGUCAUUGACUUCGACUUCCAGGUCAUGGACGACCCGGCCGCGCUCGCGGCGCGGCCCGAGGACGGCGUCUACUGCCGCGGGCUGUUCCUCGAAGGCGCCCGGUGGGACUCUACCGGGCACGUGCUCGGGGAAUCUUUGCCCAAGCAGCUGCACACGCAGGCCCCGGUUAUUUGGAUGAUCCCUCGGGAGAUCGCCAAGAUGACGUCAUUCCCGCACUACGAGUGCCCUAUUUAUAAGACGAGCGACCGGCGGGGGAUCUUGUCGACCACCGGGCACUCGACGAAUUACGUCAUGGAGGUGCGGCUGCCGUCGGAUCGGCCGCAGGCGCACUGGAUAAAGCGGGGGGUGGCGCUGCUGACUCAGCUAGACGACUAG